AUGCCCGUCGCGGGCGCCGUUACCCUGAAGAAGCCGAAGGGCAGCGGCUCCUUCGUGAUGUCGUCCAGCUGGGGCAUCGACCACGACCCGAACAUGACCAUGCGCGACCGGCGGAGUGAAACCAAGCUCCAGUACAAGCCCCACCCGAAAGUCGAGCGCGAGCAGCCGCGGGUGCGCACGGGGCGCGGCAUCCCCCCGGGGCUCGACGGGAACCACUUCAAGUCGGUCACCAAGGAGGAUUACACCCCCCCGCCCAGCCGCGGGAACGUCUCCCACGUCAGCAAGCUCAUGUUCGAGGAGCAGCUGCGGCACAGGAAGCCCAAGUCGUGGUGGACGGAGACGGGCGGCACGGAGGGCGCGUUCCGUCGCAACAGCGGCGAGGCGGGUGCGAGCCGGCCCGCGACGGCAACGGGGGCCGGCCGGGGCGACGCGGCGGCGAUGGACCCCUCGCUGUCCAUCACGACGCGGACGCGCGAGGACUUCCGGCCGAAGAAGGGCGAGGGCUUCAUCGAGCGCCGCAGCGGGUGCGCGGGGGCCCCGCGUGCGCGGCCGGUCCAGGACGGGUACAACAUCAUUACGGGGGGGCCUCGGCUGGGCAACUACGCGUUCGAGAACUGGGACCGGACGACGGACUACCGGAAGCACGCGCCGGGCGGGCCGCGCGAGGACUGA